AUGGAAGAUUCCGAACAAGAAGUUGAGGCACAAGUUGAGGUUCCAAUUGUUGUUGAAGUUGAAAGACUCCCGAAGAAGGUGAGAACUCAAGAAGUGAACCAUGAGGAGGUUAAGGAAAAGGUAAUAGAGGCACCAAAAACACUAGCACCAAUUCCUAGGCCUUCGCCUCCUUUCCCUCAAAGACUUUCUAGGAGGGUUGAUGAUACCAAACUCGAAAAGUUCUAUGACAUUCUCAAGCAAUUAUCGGUAAACAUUCCAUUUGUGGAAGCAUUUCAAGAGAUGCCGGUUUUUGCUAAGUAUUUGAAGGACUUAAUCACUAAAAAGAGAACCACCAAUAAUGAAGUGGUGAAUGCGACUCACCGGGUUAGUUCAAUCAUUGUAACAACCACGGUCCAAACGAAAGAGGGGCCGGGAGCUUUCACCAUCCCAUGCACUAUUGGGUUGCGCAAUUUUGCACGAGCCCUUUGUGAUAAUAGGGCUAGCAUAAACAUAAUGCCUCUUGCUAUUUACAAGCAAGAGGUGUUAGAUAUUCCUAUGCCUUCAAAUAUGAGGAUGCAAAUGGCCGACCGUUCAAUAAAGAGACCGGUGGGAAUUGUUGAUGAUGUCCUUAUGAAAGUGGGGAAGUUCCUCCUCCCUAACGACUUUGUUAUCCUUGAUUGUGCUAUUUAUAAAGAAAUCCAUAUCAUCUUAGGGAGACCAUUCCUUGCUACCGGAAGAGAACUCAUGGAUUCGGAACGAAAUAAGAUCAAGUUCCGAGUUAAUGAUGAAGAGGUUACCUUUCAAGCAAGUAAGGGUAUGAAAUUGCCGCGUGCAUACAAGAGUAUCUCAAUCAUUAAUGUUGUUGAUGAGGUAGAGGAUGCAGUCUAG